AUGUCAAGUGAAUCAACAAUAUUUAUCAUAGAUGUUGCUAAAUCCGUAGUGACAUCUGGGUUUCUGGACCGCAUUGUCACGUACGUUGAACAUACGUUAUUCCUGAAGGUUAAGAAACAGCGAAAAACAGAUUGGGCCGGUAUUCUCCUGUGCAACUGUCCUGUGACCAAGAAUGAUCAUGAUACCGAGAACGUAUACGAACUUUUACCGCUUAUGGCGCCAAUUUCCACGACGGCGGUGGUUUCUGGUUUACAAGAGUUACAAGGUCUGCGCGAGCGAUGCGAGAAUGAAAAACAGACCCCACAGUCGAUGAUACAAUGCUUACUCGUUGGAUCAGUGAUUUUACGCGACAAAUUUAAGAAUCGCAAAGUUUUUAAGCAGAUUGUUGUGUUUACAGAUAAUAUGGACGGACUGGAUUUGAGUGACGAAGAAUUGUCGCUUAUUGAGCAGGAGCUAGACGCACGAAUUAUUUUGGUCACUGACGGAUCUGGUGAAACGAAAUCUGUCUCGGUGAAGUCGGAAGAUGUUCCCAUAUGGGAUAAAUGCGUACAGCGAAUUCCAGGUUCAUUGAAGUUUCAUAUUGACGAUCUUUUGCAAGCGAUAGACCAGUCUGUAGCCACAGUAAAGCCAGUACGUGUUUUCCGCGGUGAUUUGAGGCUUGGUGCUUCGCCAUUCAGCCCGAAAGACGCAGAACAGGACCACUUGUCACUCUGUAUACAAGUGGAAGGGUACCCAGCGACCAAAACUGUAUCGAGCUUAAACAGAAAGAUCGUCGCCAAGGAGAAGGACAAUGUGUAUCGGGAGGUCAAAUCUGUUGUAGAAUACAGUAUUGAAGCGGAGGACGACGGGGAAACCGAGGACGUCACCGUUGCGAACGAAUUUAUUACCAAGGCCUAUCGAUAUGGUACGGACUACGUUGUCCUUCCGCCAACACUUGAGCCGCAACGUGUCUACCGUACAGAGCCCGGUCUUGACAUUCGCGGCUUUUUGGACGUUACCAACAUGCCAAGGCACUAUCUCAACUCAGAAUCGACGUUCAUAGUCGCAGCAAUUAAAGACGGGACACGCGCAGACCGAUUGGCGAUAUCCGCUUUAGUCGAUUCGAUGGUCAAACUCAACUUGCUUGCCGUCGCGAGAUAUGUGCAGAAGCACAACAGUGAAGUGCAGAUGUGCGUCCUGUGCCCCUUGGUAGUUCCACGUAAAAGAUCUUCUUCUGAGGAUCAAGACCCAGAUGUACGUGCCCUGGUUCUCAGUCGGCUGCCCUUUGCAGAGGACGAGAGGUUUUCCGACUACCCAAAACUAAACCAGCAGAACUCAGAGGAAAACGCAGAGCUCGAUGCUUUGAUGUCCGACCUUGUUGAUUCUAUGGAAAUGAAGCCUGCGUCACGGGCCAAUUGGUGCUCUACGUCGCAAUAUGUGCCCAUUGACACCCUAGAAUCGGACCGCUCGACGUUGCCACUUCCGUCGCCCGCGCUUGACAAAGCCUUUGCUGGCGAUCGUCUGGCAAUACCGGCGAUAGGCGUCCACCACCAGCAGCAAAUACUACUCGAUUACAUGCACCAGGUGGUUGUCAACGGUCGACAAGAUUUUCAAAUCCCAGAGCUGCCGUCGAGUAUUAGUGACAAGUUGCGACCUAUGUCGACACCAGACGCAAGUCUCCUACAAAAAUUGCAGAAACUACUCGACAUCAAACCUAACGUCAAACCCAACGUUGUGGCUCUUAACGAAGAAGAAGACGAAGAUUUUGAAGAGAUUCCUACUCUAGAGGCUCUUCUCGCCAGAGGACGAAAAGAACAUUGA